UCGACAGCCAAUUUCACGUCUCACGCCUGCGCCUGCCUGCUCUGCUCACCAUACACUCCUUCGGCCUGCUGUAUUCUCCUGCCGUCCCAGCCUCCUGCGACCGGCUCCCUACUACCACCACCCCGCCCGCGCACACAAGCCUACGGUCGCCGAGAACCCCUGUCCACGUUAGCCCUUCUUAUCGGCUUAUCGGCGUCUCCUUGAAUAACUUUGAGCACCGAUCCCAGAGCGCGUCCCGCUGCAGUCUCCGCGUACCUUGCGAACACACUGGGAGGCUUGGUGCUUGGAGUUCCCACGACCGCGGCAGCUGCACGAGCGUCGCAACACACGGACGUGCAGAGCUUGAAGUCACCGGACGAAGCUCGGUCAACUGCGUUGCGCCUCAGGACCUUCUGCGCGGGGCUCCUCCACCACUCGGACUGGGAGAAUACCCGGACUCCUUCUUCGACAUUGAACAGACCAGUUGGCGCUGAAAAUGCCAGAGACACGGUCAAUGGCCAACGGCAAUGGAGCCGCGGUCCGGAGCAGGCAACCUACCCAAAACGAGGAGGAGAACAUCUUCCUCUUCUACCCUAAUUUGAUCGGCUACGGCCGCGUCGUCCUCGCCAUCGCUUCCCUCUACUACAUGCCGCUGCACCCCCGCACGUGCGCAACCGCAUACAGCAUUUCCUGCCUGCUAGAUGCCCUCGAUGGCAUCGCCGCGCGCCAUUUCGAGCAAUCGACCAAGUUUGGCGCCGUCCUCGACAUGGUGACGGACCGCUGCACCACCUCGUGUCUGCUGGUCUUCCUGGCAAGCGCCUUCCCGCGCUGGAGCAUCAUCUUCCAGAGCCUGAUCUCCCUCGACCUGGCCAGCCACUACAUGCACAUGUACGCGACGCUGAGCAUGGGCGGGAGCAACCAGAGUCACAAGAAGAUCGACGAGACGAGGAGCUGGGUCUUGAAGAUGUACUACUCCAACAACAAAGUCCUCUUCACCUUCUGCUUAUUCAACGAGCUGUUUUUCAUCGCGCUCUACCUCCUCUCCUUCUCUUCGCCGUAUCUUUCGCCAACGCUCCUGAAAGACCCGCAGGCCCCGGCCUCGCUCAACAUGGGCACGCCCGCGGCGCCGAAGCCCUCCAUGAUCUUCACGAGCCCCUGGUCAGCGGGUGCUAUGGAGAUGGCCAGGGCCAACAAGAUGGAUUCUACCCUUCCUUGGAUCCUCUGCAUCGCAUCGUUCCCCAUCAUGUUCGGCAAGCAGGUCAUCAACGUGGUCCAGCUUGUCAAGGCGAGCAAGUGGCUCGCCGAGGGCGACCGGGCCGAAAGGAAGAGGCUGGGCCUGCCGCGCCGCGGCUCCAAAAAGACGCAGUAACUGGCGGUGAAUCGCUGGAUUGCGUGAGUGUACGACUAAUAGGGAGCGACGAGGUUGAGGUGAACCGGGUUGGACGCGACGCCGAUUACGAGCGAGCAUGGCCACUUCGCUAGGUACCAGUAGGGGAUGGGCUUCUUGUAUCUUCUCUUCAUUCGCUUUCGCAUUCGCUGUUCGCCAUUUUGGGCCAUACCGUUCGCCUAGGGACUUGUUAUAGAAAAGAUUCGGGUCGGGAUUUGGCUAAGGGAGGAGACGUCGACCGACGCGCAUGCGCAUCGGAUCGAGUCGGGUCCAGUAAAUGAGAAAACUACAUAACCAUCUAUACUACCAUAAUGCUAAUACUUGACAACCAAC